AUGGCGCCUUCAUCAAAUGAUUCGUCAUCGAAUUCGAAAGGAUCUCCAUCAAACUCAAACUCUACACCAACUAAUUCAGGGAACGAUAACUCUGGAGAGAGCAAUAACAGCAACAAUAACAAUUCUGGAAGUACGAGCAACAACAAUGGAAAUAACAACUCUGGUGGAAAUAGUAAUUCUGGAGGUAACAACGGGGACAAAGAUUCUAGUGGAAACAACAAUGGCAACAAAGAUUCCAAUGGAAACAACUCUGGUGGAAAUGAUAACUCUGGAAGCAACAAUGGGAACAAAGAUUCUAGUGGGAAAAAUAAUUCAUCUGGGAGUAACAAUUCUGGACAAAACAACAACAACAAUUCUAGUCAGAACAACAGCUCGGGACAAAACAGCAGCAACAACAGCAAUUCUGGACAAAACAACAACAAUAAUUCUGGACAAAAUGGCAACAAUAGUUCUGGACAAAACAACAGCAACAACAACAAUGGCAACCAGAACAACAAUAACAACAACUCUGGACAAAACAACAACAAUGGUGGGAAUAGUAACUCUCAAGGGAAUCGUCCACCACCACCCCCACCACCACCACCACCGAAAUCAUCUAAUUGGCAUGCACCACCACCACCGUUGAGUUCAAGAAAGUCACCUCCAACAUCAACAUCUAUAUCUAAUAAUAAUAAAUCAUCACCGCCCAGCUCAGCUUCCUCGCCACUCAUAAUAGGACUUGCAGCUGGAGCAGGGCUAUUGUUUGUUAUGCUUUUGCUCUUUUUUGCAUGUUCUAGAAGAAGGAAGAAGCGGCAAUCCUCACACCUCAUGGAUAACCCUGAUCCUUAUCGUCCUCAUGGACCAGGAAGUGACUACUGGCAAAGCGGAGCGUACAAAUCCAAUGAACAUGUUUUGAAUAUGCCGCCUCCACCAUUAUCUGGUUGGAAUACUAACCCUGCGGCGCAUCAUCCACCCAUGGUUAGCAGCGAGAUGAACUCUUCCAACUUCUCAGGUCCUCAUGGUCCUCUUCAACCCCCUCCACACCCUUCGGUGGCUCUCGGGUUCAACACAAGCACAUUCACUUAUGAGGACUUAGCAGCUGCAACUUCAGGAUUCUCUCAGGCCAAAUUGUUAGGUCAAGGCGGCUUCGGGUUUGUGCACAAAGGGGUGUUGCCCAACGGUAAAGAAAUUGCUGUGAAAAGUCUCAAAGCAGGAAGCGGCCAAGGAGACCGAGAAUUCGCAGCAGAGGUUGAAAUUAUUAGCCGUGUCCAUCAUCGUCACCUUGUGUCUCUUGUGGGAUAUUGCCUUAACGGAGAACGAAAAUUGUUGGUUUAUGAAUUUGUUCCAAAUAACACCCUUGAGUUCCACCUUUAUAAUAAGAAUCGCCCGCCACUAGACUGGGCCUCCAGGGUCAAGAUUGCGUUGGGAUCUGCUAAGGGCCUUGCUUACUUGCAUGAAGAUUGUCAUCCAAAAAUUAUCCACCGUGAUAUUAAAGCAGCAAAUAUUUUAAUCGACCAUCACUAUGAAGCUAAGGUGGCAGAUUUUGGGUUGGCAAAGCUAAACCAAGAAAAUGUUACUCAUGUAUCUACUCGUGUCAUGGGGACGUUUGGAUACCUGGCUCCUGAAUACGCAUCGAGUGGCAAGCUGACUGAGAAGUCUGACGUUUUCUCAUUUGGUAUCAUGCUUCUCGAGCUUAUUACAGGUCGACGUCCAGUGGACACGACUGGAGAAUACGAGGAGGAUACUUUAGUAGAUUGGGCUAGACCUCUAUUAAUAAAAGCAAUAGAGGAAAGAAACUACAGUGAGUUGGCUGAUCCACGAUUAGAAAAGAAGUAUGAUCAAGAAGAGAUGGCACGCAUGGUUAUAUGUGCGUCGACAAGUGUUCGACAUUCUGCAAAGAAGCGACCCAAAAUGAGUCAGAUUGUGCGCGCGUUAGAAGGAGAUGUGUCGCUAGAGGACCUGCAUGAAGGAAUUAAACCCAGUCCAAGUGCUUUAUUCGGUGGCUCUACUACUAGUUCUGAAUUUGAUUCCGACUCAUACAAUGCCAAUAUGAAGAAUUUUAGGAAGCCAGUAUUGGGGGAAAGCCAAGACUAUCCUAGCAGUGAGUAUGGGAACACCUCUAACAGUGAAGAGAUGGCUAAGAAAGUAUAA